CAGGACCGGAUCCAGAGUUUAGGUUUGUCUGGUGUCCCCUGUCGGCAAUGGCGCAGACAUUCGUCCAAUGAGUCGGCUCGCUUGUUGUUCUCUUUCUUACCCCUUUUCGCUUAGAGCAACCGAGAAAACACGGCUGGUGUUUUUGGUUGACCAUCCGGCUAAGCCUCUGCCCCUUGCGGGUGCAGAUAUGAUAUCCCCCGCUAUCCACAUGCUGCAGAAUGCUACGCAACCUCGGAGGUGUGCUACUGAAUGUUGACUGUCCCACUCCAACACCCGGGCCUGCCUCAAUCAAUCAUAGCAUGUGAAGAUGGAGAGCUGAGAUGGGUCCUCGACUCGACGGCGUUGAAGAUUAUCGUGGUCGAGAGCUGAUAACAGAUGACUAGCCGACUAGGAAGUGCAUUGCAUGAGUUUGAUUCACUUGCUGGCCGUGCUGGCCCACCAAGGCCUGUGUUGAUCCAUCCAGAAGCCUUUGAUCAGCUGCAAACUAUUGAUCAAUGCGAUCUAGACUAGAUUUAUUGAAGAUAACCAACCCUUACCGAAAGGGUAGUUAAUGGCUUCUGGCCCACCAAAGAAAUUCCCCUAUUUGUAGUCUUGGCAGACCCCUCGUCAACAUUUUUCUGGGGUUUGGUAUUGUCGGUCUUCGACCUUAAUUGAGACUGUUUCGCGGUUUUGUUCUCGUCGUCGACGUCGUCAUCUACAAUGUCGAACUACAACCCCGACUCGCCGACCAACUGGCACAAGGUCAACAUGGCGCACGAGAACGACAACGUCUUGGAGAAGGGGUACUGGCAGAGCACGAAAGCAGAAUCGAAGGUCCCUCUGCACACUCGAGCUCUGUACAAGGUUCUGGAUUUCGUCCGGCCGAUGAUCCUGACGAAAGCUCCAGCAAACAAGAAACCGCUUUCCCGGACUGGUUAUUUGGAUGGGUUGAGAGGAUUUGCAGCAUUUCUGGUGUAUUGGCAGCAUCACAACUCCUGGGUACGGGAGACCAGCGGCGACGAUGAGAUUUUCGAGAAUGCAUUUGGAUACACAGGCAAACAUUACCUAGCGACAUUCCCUUUCCUUCGAGUCUUCUGGACAGGAGGCCAUUUCGCCGUCCCAGUCUUCUUUGUCAUUUCCGGUUAUGUUUUGUCUGCAAAGCCCCUGACUCUAAUGCAGUCAGGGGAAACGAUAAAAUUGUUUGAGAAUCUGUCGUCCGCACUUUUCAGACGAUGGAUGCGUCUUUGGAUUCCGGUAGCUAUAACGACAUACAUUUACAUGACGAUGGCACAUUAUCCAGGGUUUUACACCGACGAUUAUUUCCACAAGGCGACAUACCGGGAGGAAAUAUGGGAAUGGUACUCCAACAUCAAGAAUUUCAGCUUCAUGUUCGACACCAGCGGGAAUCCAUUCUUUCCAUACAACGGACAUAUCUGGACGAUCCCUCAGGAGUUCAAAGGCUCAAUAGCAGUCUACGUCGCACUCGUUUCAUUUUCUCGAUUCCCUAGAAAUUCACGACUGUUUGCGGAAUGUGUUCUCAUCUGGUAUUUCAUCUGGGUCACCGACGGCUGUUUCUUUGCCAUGUUCAUAGCCGGCAUGUUACUCUGCGACCUGGAUCUGCUGGCAAUCAAUAACGACCUCCCGCGCUUCAUCAAGCGUCUAGAGCCAUACAAGCAGAUUAUCUUCUACCACCUCCUCGUCAUCGGUUUGUACCUCAGCGGUGUCCCAGCCCGCAACAUGGAUAUGAACAAUGUAUGGAAGGCAAGAGGAUGGUACUACCUUGCGUAUCUCAAGCCACAGGCUACAUUCGACUAUAAAUGGUUUUAUCUAUUCUGGGCGGCGACUUUCACCACCGCAUCGAUUCCUCGGAUUGGAUGGCUGAGGAGGUUUUUUGAGGGGAGAUUCUGUCAGUAUUUGGGCAAGAUCUCAUUCGGUCUCUACCUGGUCCAUGGACCUGUUAUUUUCAUCCUUGCGGACAGACUUUACAGCGCAGUUGGAUUCGUACGGAUUCGACACUUGAAGAACAUGCCGCAGUGGCCGAACGCAUUCCCGUUGAGUAUGGCAGGACCACUUGGUUUGGAGUUUGCGUUCUUGGCACCACAUAUCAUUUUACUCCCUGUUACAUUUUGGUUGGCGGAGAUCACGACGAGGUUUAUUGAUGAUCCAGCGGUUAAGUUUGCGCAGAAUUUGUACAGGAGAUUGGCGACUGGACCACCGUCAUCGGGGCCUACGCUGAAGAUGUAAGAUCUAGACUGGAAAUGAAUGGAAUUUGGGCAUGGGAAAGCUGGCGUCUUUGAUUUUGGGUAGAGGGACCAGGUAAUAGAUUAUGACUGGAUGUAUAUCUCGAAACAUAAAUAUCAGUGUCACAUAUCACUAGAUACAUGAGGCUCACGAUCCUUGGCUGCUUCUAACCUUCGACUAACAAAGCGACAACACAC